AUGAAUUCUCAAAAUAUAUCUCUUGAAAAUGAUGUCCAAGCAUCUGCAGACAAUUCAAGUAGGUCUCAAAAGCUGACUGGUGUCAAAUGUCGAAUUCCAAAGCAGAGUUCAACUGAAUCUUCUAGUGUUAAACCUAAGGGUAGAAAAAUGAAAUCAAAGAAGGACCUAAAACUGAUUGAAACUUCAGAGCAACAUCCACCAGGAAGUCCCAGGGCAUGGGAUCAUUUAAAGAAAGAUACUGUGUGUGAAUCUGAAAUUGGUAGAGAUUUACUUUCUAAACUGAAUUCAUCUGAUAACAUGCGAAAACCAUGCAAACAAAACCGACGUGCUUCAGUGCCAAGUGAACCAUUAGAUGUAAGAAACAGUGCUUCUACUUCAAAAAAUAGCUACUCUCCUUCUCCAGGAUUCCAGCAGAGUGGAAAAAAGAAUCCCUCCAAAUAUAGAUCGAAAACUCCCGACUGUAAAACACCUAGCACUACAUCUACGAAGCGAAAUAUUUCCCAAAGGAAAGGCAUAAAGUUUGAACCUUAUAUACCACUUUUUCAAGUACAACAAGGACUGAAGAGAGGAGAAUUCAUUGAAGGAGCUUUAAGAAUUAAUCCAAGAAAUUAUGAAGAUGCUUAUGUUUCUGCUCCAGAUGGUAAAAUGGAUAUUUACAUUGGAGGAAUGCAGAAUAGAAAUAGAGCACUAAAUGGUGAUGUCGUUGUUGUUCAAAUAAAUCCAAAGCAAGAAUGGAGAGUUCUGUGUGAUGCCAUUAAAGACUAUCAAGAAAAAUCGGGAGAAUCUUUUUCAGAAACUAUUUAUAAGCCUCUUACUCCAUCAACACCAUGUCAAGUUCAUACUCCUGAAAAAUUCUUCCGAUCCCGUCCUGUAUCAUCAAACUCAUGGGAUAGUAAUUGCCAUGAACGAAUGUCUGACACUGUGGAAAUUCUAGGGAUUGAUCGUUUGGCUAAUGAGUUCAGAGGUAUUUCUAUAAAAGAAAAGAGUCCUCCGAAGCAUAAAAAUAAGCAGAAGAAUAAACAGGGCAAAAAUGUAAAGAAAACAGAAAAUCAGAAAAGUAGUACAACUUCAUUUUCUCAGGAAUCAUCUGAUGAUUAUUUAGAUAAAACAUCUCCUGCCAGCAGUUUUGAGCAACAAAAUAGUGUUCAAGCAGUUCCUAUUAAAAAUGAUAGUCAAGCCACCAGGGAAAAUUCAACAAAUCAAAUAUCACAUGUUUAUCCGCCUUGUGAUAUGAGCGAAAUAGGUACAUUUCAUCUUGAAGAAAAUUCAGACCUACAGGUUCGUGAUUCAUGGAACAGCAAUGAGACAUCUGUUAAUAUAAUAGUGUCUCCUGAAGAGCUCCUGAAUAUUGAGGGGGACUCUAUUUUAUGUACUGAAGAACCAGCAACUGACUAUAUCAUGAAUGAUGAUAGUUGCAGUGACAUUGAAGGCAUAGCUGUGGCCCCAGAAGAUCUAUCUGGCGACGAAUUUACAGAUUCAGCUAGUAUUGAUAGCUCAGAAAGUUUAAAUUUAGCUCAAAAGCUGGAAGAUGCAGCAUUUUUGGCUUGCCAACAGGAUGCUGAGAAUAAUAAUAUGGAUGUUACUGUUGAGCAGAAUUUAAAUCAGUUCAACUCUUUGUCUGAAAUAGUUUCUGUUAGCAAUGCCCUUAUUUCAAAAGAAUUUCCAACUGAAUGCAGGCUGCAGCAAAACAUAAUUGUUCCAUCAUUAUCUUCAGUUGAUAUCAACAAUGAAUCAGUUGUUUGCUCUGCUGUUUCAGAAAUUUCUUUUGGUAAGGAUCAUAAGAGUAGCUCUGAUGAAAACCUUGUUUCAAACCCUGUGCCUUUAAAUGACCAUGUAAGUUCAAGCAUUAUAACAGACGAAACCAAAAAACACAAGCUAACCAGCAAGGGUAAAAGGCAUCGAAAGAGGAAGAGAAAAUCAAAGCCAGGUGAAGCAGUUCUUCCAGCAACAAAUGGUGCCACUGAAUCUGAAAAUAUUAUCUAUGAUAUUGAACACAUAACUGUUGAAGAUGUAAUGAAACACCCUGAAUGGCCAAAAUUUGUGCAAAAAACUGGCAAAGUUGUUCAUAUAUUACAUCCUACCCACAGCCGUAAAGCUGCUGGGCAUUUAAAACUUUGUCCUGACAAGAAUCCAAAAUGGGCCCUUUUCUCUCCAAAUGAUAGUCGGGUUCCUAGGAUAAUGGUGCCAAUGUCAGACUGUCCUCAGAAUUUUUACCAUAGGCCUUUUGACUAUGCAGACGUUCUGUUUUUAUCAGAAAUCACAGAGUGGAAUGAAACAUCAACCUUUGCUUCAGGUCGUCUGAUAAAGAGUCUUGGUAAUUCUGGAGACAUAGAAGCAGAGACUACUGGAGUAUUAAUAGAAAAUGGUGUGGACAUCGAUGAUUUUCCCAUUUCUGUGAUGAAUUGCCUUCCUGGGCCUACUUGGGAAAUUCCGUCAUCAGAAUUCCAAAAAAGAAGAGAUUUAAGAAAUCAGUGUAUAUUUACCAUUGAUCCUGCCAGUGCACGUGAUAUGGAUGAUGCUGUUUCAUGUAACAAGUUAGAUAAUGGUAAUUAUGAAGUUGGUGUACAUAUUGCUGAUGUCUCAUUUUUUGUGAAGGAAGACAGUGAACUAGAUCAAGUUGCACGCAAACGUUCCACUAGUGUCUACUUAGUGCAGAAAGUAGUCCCUAUGUUACCAAGAGUACUUUGUGAUGAUUUGUGCAGCUUAAGUCCUGGAAAAGAUCGAUUAACUUUUUCUGUCAUUUGGGAGAUGAAUACAAGUGGCGAAGUAAUCAACCAGUGGAUUGGAAGAACCGUUAUUAAUUCAUGCAUAAAGCUAAGUUAUGAGCAUGCUCAAGAUAUGAUUGAGAACCCGAACAGAGUUUGGAAUUCUUCGGAACAUCCCGAGCUUUUUGGAGAAUUCACCAUACAGGAUGUUAUGACGCGGGUAAACGAGCUUCAUCUUUUAGCGAGUAAACUGCGUGAAGAUAGAUUUCUUAAUGGCGCAUUACGACUAGAUAAACCACAGCUGAGUUUCACAUUGAAUUCUGAAACAGGCUUGCCUUCUGGAUUCAAUGUGUACAUUCAGAAGGACAGUAACAAGUUGAUUGAAGAGUUCAUGCUUUUAGCUAAUAUGUCAAUAGCAGCACAAAUUUAUAAGUCUUUUCCAGCAGUUGCUUUACUUCGUCGCCAUCCUCCACCUGAAAUAAAGCCAAUGCAAGAUAUUGUUGCCAUGUGUGAAAGUUUAGGCAUUGUAAUAGAUUCUAGCACCAGCGGUUCCCUGCAAAACUCUAUUCAUCGGUAUACCGGGAAUGACUUUGCUGCACAAGCAAGGUUCCUGACUCUGACUAAUUUAAUUGCCAAACCAAUGAACUGUGCACUGUACUUCUGUACUGGAGUUCUGGAAGAGCCUCGGUUAUUUCAUCACUAUGCUCUCAACGUUCCAUUAUAUACUCAUUUCACUUCACCAAUCAGGCGAUAUCCUGACGUGAUUGUACAUCGUCUUCUGGCUGCCGCUCUUAAGUUUGACGCACAUCCUAACCUCUGUCCUCAAGAAGUUCAGAAAUGGGCUUCACAUUGCAAUGACAAAAAGCUCAAUGCCAAAAAGGUCAGUGAGGCUAGUGGGGAACUCUUUUUAGCUGCUUUUAUCCGCGAUAUAGGCUCAGUGGAGGCCAAAGGUAUGGUCAUGGGUGUAAUGGAUCAUUCUUUUGAUUGUCUUAUUCUAGAGAUGGGUCUUAUCAAAAGAGUUUACUGUGAUAAAUUACCUUUAGUGAGGAAAGAUUUCAAACGAGCUCAAGGAGUGUCCACAUUAAACUUAUACUGGAAAGAUGAUUCUAAAGAGAGCGUGAGACAAACUAUUGUAAUGCUUACUCUAGUGGAUGUAAUUUUAACUGUUGCUAAAGAUUCCUUACAAAUCAAAGUGACUUUACAAAAACCUAUCAAAGUUUAGGUAAAUAGCUCUGUGAAUGAUUUUUAAAAUGUUUGUGUGGCAUUUUAAGGUAUAAUGGUGUUAUAUUUUUUACUCUAUUAUAUGUUGAUUUUUAUAUUCUAAAACUUAUGAAUUUUAUUAAAUGUACCUAUUAUUUAUCUAAAUAAGGUUUUUGUAUAAAGCAUAUAUAAUUUAAUCAUUCCUCUUUAGGCAAUACCAAAUAACUUAAUUUUUUCCUUAAAUGUAAAUCAGAAAAUAUCGUCACUCAGUAUGCGCACAGCUAGUCACAGUUGAAUCUCAUUAAAUUGAAACUACCAGUAUUCUUGCAACAAGAUUUUUUUUACAAUUGGGACUUUGUUGUUUGUGCAGAUUUAAGUAGUACAAUUUUAAAUAAAAGGAUAGGCAAAAUUUUAUGCUCAAUAUUUCAGUUUUGGUUUGUUCAAGUUAAGGAAGCUCAACUUUACAUCUUUGUAUUCACACACAAAUACACAAAAAUGUAACCUUUUUGAGAUGUUUUGAAUAUUGUUGUUUUAUAUUUGCGGCAAUGCUUUGCUUGAACUUGUUAUGGGUUGUUAUUUUUUGAGCUUGAAAAUAAAGCUGAGCUGUGAAAAAAUAUAUAUAAUAUUGAAGUAACCAAUUUGUUUGAUUUCAUUCAACUAAUUGAAAUAUUUGUUAUGACAAAAUGGAACUUUACUCAUGCUAUCAUUACUAUUUUAUUUUAUUUAUUUAUUUAUUUAUUUUAUUUUAUUUUAUUUUAUUUGUUUUGUCCAUUAUUAUUCACAAAUGCUACAUACUUGAUUAUCUAUUGUAAAAGAUUAUUUAAAAAGUGCUCCUAUUUAGUUUCAGAGAAACAGUUGUGUUUAACAUUUUGUAUGUCUUAUUUUUUUAUUGGUGUAAUAGCUUGUACAUUGAAAAAAAAAAAAAAAAGAAAA